AUGCAGCAACUCACAAUGGGGUUGUAUGAACUUUCCAAGUUCCACCUCUAUGCAAAGGGGGGGGUCGAGGCACAGGGUUUGGUUGCAACAAUUGUGCCGCUUCCAGAGACUCAGAAGCAUGGUGACCGUAUCCUUCGUCACUGGAGGAGCCUGGACCAAGUCUGUGGUAAGAUGAGCCCAUGGGACCCAUCCAGGGUCCUCAGUGAAUACCUUCAGAACACUCGGCAAGAGGCAUCCAAGAUGUGGCCAGGGGUUUCGGUUGCAGAGGGAUCACCCACACCCGAGGGUGUCCAGGAUGACCCCAUUGAAAAUUGUUUGGAACAGGACCAGUCGUUUGUCGUGACCCUCCACUAUGGACCAGGAGCUGAUGUCGAGGUCAGGAUGCAACCAGGUGCCACGGUUGAACAGCUCAUGCAAGCUGAAGCAAAACUCCAGGGAGUUCCAGCCAUGGCCUUUGUCUUGACACAGAACAACGAGGUGUUGCCAGAAGAUCAGCCCCUUGUUGCCGACAUGCAGAUCGAUGUUGUUGGAGACAUCCCAACAGAAAGUCAGUUGCAGGACUUGGAAGAUGCGGCUCCCCUUCCAUGUCCAUGUCCAGAGCCAGGGAAUGAUGACAGCGAACAAGGGAACCACAACAAAGUUGUCAGUAUGCCAUGCCCCAGAGAUGAAGUUGACAAGCCAUAUUCGAUGCAGCACAUUCACACAUGUUGCCAGCAGUGCAUCGCUCGUGAAGAGCGAAUCAAGAUGAGUCAGUUACAAGCCACUGCAUGGGCAGAUGAUGAGGUUCAGUGGGGUCUCCAGACUGUUGCGGCGCAAGCCGCAGAUCAAGGUGCAGUUGUUUGGAAUCCGCUUUGGGUAUCCGCCAUGUUUCAUGCCAAAGAGUUUGCAGACUUGGGUUGUCAAGCACGCACACUGCCGCAGUUGGCCACAGUGAUCACCGCAAUUGCACGUGUUGUGCAGAAAAAGGUUCAGUUUCAGCAUUCAAGCUUUGCCGUCAGCAGACAUUGUGGCGCCAUGGCCAUUGCAUAUGCCAGGAUGCUGUUGUGCUGCGUUCCAAUGCCCAGUGACAGCGAUACCCUUGAUCAGUAUGGCAUGAAGAUGAAGAUGCAGUUUGAACAGGGCAUGGCAGAAAUGACACCCAAACCAUAUGUGUGGGCAUGGGGAGAAACAGAUCCUAUGCUAGAAUUGUCAGUGCUUCUCAAGGCUCAUGGAGUUCCGUCCGAAGAGGUAGAAGCUAGGGCAAAAAUGGCCAUUGAGCGCCUUGGAGUUCAGGCGGUCCGCAAGGCCAUUGGAAGCGUGAGGCCAUGGCAAGAAAUCAAGAGUUUAGCCAAUGCAGAAUCGCCCAUGGUUCAAUUGGUGUUGCCGUCGGAACUGCAGCAGGUCAUUGCCAAACGAAAACCGCAGGAAGUUGGCCACAAGAAACAUAAACAGAAAGGCGAGAACCAUGCAGCAAGGUCACCAACAAGCAUUGACCCAGCAUCGGUUGACAUGGCCCACUUCAAUGCCCGUAGCUCUGGGGUCAUCAUUGCCACCCAUGCAAUGGCAAAACCAUACCUUCAUGCAGGUCGGACGUUGUCGACAGGACCAUUGGCAAUUUUGGUGAUUGACCGAGCCCAGCCAGCCCCGCAAGAUCCACCAGGUGAAGGAAUGAGAAUCCCGUUGCUCUGUGCAGCUAACUCCGAGCCAAUGCUGGUGGAUGCUUGUGUAUACCAGAUGGGAGCAUCGAAGGCUACAAGAGCAGUUGAAGCCACGGCCAUGACCAUUCGAGCAGUUGAUUCCAGUGUAAUCAAAGUGAUGGUGUUCAGGGACCAGGUGGAAGGAGAUUGGAGCCAAGUGUGUCAGCACCCGUUGAAGCAUAUCUUCGAUAGGAUUCCAGUGUUGAGGGCAUGUCAAGAUCCACAAUGCACAGGUUGUGAAGAAUGGCACACAGCUCCUAAUGCUCCGCUGCAACAUCCAGUGCUUGAACUCUGGGGCCGACAAUGGAUGACGGUGAACUUCUCUGCUACUGCUCCAGCCCAAGCUGAGGUGUUUGCAGUGAAUAUCAGAAUCCCUUCCUGCCUCAAAAUUCAGAUUCAGACCUACUCAGGCCUCCAGGGCAUCUACAUUGAGCCCAAAGCUGUAGAUGGUCGCAAACCGUCCUUGGACUUUCAGGUGGUUUGGAUCCCGAGAGCAGAUUGGCAGCAGGCAAGAAUCCAGCAACAAACAUUGCCGAGUGUCAUUGGGUUGCCCAGGUUGGGCAUGAAAUAUGGAUUGCGGUGCAAGGCCCAUGAUGCAGCAGAGCUCUUCAAAAGAGUGCGCCCGGGACACGUGUUCUUGCCACCAGGACCCAAGAAAACAUAUUUGGUUGGACCCUUCCAGUAUGGAUCCCUCAAGGAAUCAGUGGCUGAAGCGCUUGCCAGUAUUGGCUGGACAGCACGCCCCACACAGCCAAUCGCAGCAGGUGCACAUGUCCAAGGCUUGAUGUUCCGAGUGCAAGCCACUGAAGCACCACCACGUAAGGUCAUUCACAUGCAGCAUGGGGAUGUGUUGAUCACAGCGGAAGAUGCCAAUACACCAGCAAUGCCAGCAGGGCCACAGGUGGUAGGUGUCCGUAGUACAGUUUCCCUGUGUGCAGCUGCCAAAGCAUCCGUCGACCCAUUGCAGAUCCAAGACCCGUGGGCCACCAAAAAGGUCACCACCCAGCAGUUUCAUCUGGGAGAUCCCAUCGCAGACCUUGAACAGAGAGUGACUGAGGCUGUUAUGUCGAAACUGCCUUCACAUGACAUGGAGAUUGAUGAUGAUCCAAGCCGCGACAGCCGAAUUGCCACCUUGGAAGCCCAGAUGCAGGAAAUGCAACAGCAACAGCAGUCAUUGUCACAGGUUGUCCAGGCACAACACGUUGAGCACACCCAGCAGAUCCACAAGUUGGGACAAGCCGUUGAAAGCAACACAGCACAGAUUACCAGUUUCCAAGAAGCAUUUCAGGAGCAGUUUCAGCAGCAGGUUGCACACCAGCAACAACAGUUAGAUGGCAUGCUGGGUCGGCAGAUGCAUCAGUUCGAGGCAAUGUUGGCUCGCCACGGGCAUCGUGAAUGA